AAUUCGAACAGUUGGGAUCAGUUCUUGACCAACAGAGCAGUUUUAGAAAUUCACAAAGCCUUACGUAGGAAGUUUAGAGGCGCAAAAGUUUAAAAAGUUGUCACCGUUUUGAACAUCCCCUAACCAUGCAUCAAGCGGUUUAAUUUUUUUAAAGUAGCGUUCGAAAACGUUAGUUUUCGUUUUGAAAAUGGCGGGUCCGUACCUGUCUCCAUUGCCUGGGGAUUUGUUGACGGAAUAUAUGUUUGGACGGCGUCGGCAGAGGCGGAACAGAACCACGUUUACGCCGCAGCAGCUGAGCGAGUUGGAGUCACUGUUCCAAAAGACACAUUAUCCUGACGUGUUCCUUAGAGAAGAGGUGGCGCUGAGGAUCAGCCUGUCGGAGGCCAGGGUGCAGGUGUGGUUCCAGAACCGUCGCGCGAAGUGGCGCAAGCAGGCGCGGCUGCAGCUGCUGCAGGACGCGUGGCGCAUGCGCUGCCUCGGCCUGGGUACUCAGCUAGGUCACACCAAACCUCCAGACUCAUCACCGGAAGGCCCCGACCCUCCCUCCGGCAAAGACUCGCCAGAGCCUCCCAUUUCCAUGGAAAACUCUGAAAUGAAGUCGCCCCGACCGGAGCAAUACCACCACAACACAAACAUGACAGAACCCAUGCCUCCCAUGCCCCCAAUUCAUGAUGUUCCACCACCAAUGCCAUAUACAAAUGACGAGAGACUACUUCAACAACCUACAUUCCCAUUUCCACCUCUCCUCAUGCAACAGCCCCCACAAAUGGAGAACGAAAACGUACCAACGGAUCUUAGAAUGUCGAAAAAUUGCCCGUGCGCUACAGUUGAUAUGGACGAGCCUCAAAACCUAGCGUACAGACAGAGAACCGAGGCUAAAGAAAGCGAAAGUGACAGCGAUACAGAAAUCGAUCUUACCUCUCAUUCUUCCAGAGAUGACGACUUGAGGGAAUCUGAGAGACUCGCUAACAGAAUAGCGACGAGUAUUUUCAGAAGUGAUACAGUGUUGCAUGACCUGGUCCCAAAUGAUCUCAGCCUCGGAGUGAAAAAUGCUAGUAAUGAUAGGAGUAUUAGUAGGAGUAAUUUGUAAAUUAUGUUUAGUUUU